GCCUCAUCAACGCAGCUGAUCACAAUGGAUCCUUACAAGUAUCGUCCUUCAAGCGCCUAUAAUUCUCCUUACUUCACCACAAAUGCUGGUGCGCCUGUUUACAACAAUGACUCGUCGCUCACCGUUGGAUCAAGAGGACCAGUUCUUCUUGAGGAUUAUCAUUUGGUGGAGAAGCUUGCAAAUUUUCAAAGAGAACGCAUUCCAGAACGUGUGGUCCAUGCUAGAGGAGCUAGUGCUAAAGGGUUUUUUGAGGUCACUCACGAUGUCUCUGACCUCACAUGUGCUGAUUUCCUUCGUGCCCCUGGAGUGCAGACUCCAGUUAUUGUUAGGUUUUCCACUGUUAUCCACGAGCGUGGCAGCCCUGAGACCAUAAGGGACCCUCGAGGUUUUGCUGUGAAGUUCUAUACUAGAGAGGGCAAUUUUGAUAUGGUGGGAAACAAUUUCCCAGUCUUCUUUAUUCGUGAUGCAAUGAAGUUCCCUGAUGUGAUCCAUGCUUUUAAACCCAAUCCGAAGUCCCAUAUCCAGGAGUAUUGGAGAGUUGUUGACUUCUUGUCCUACCAUCCAGAAAGCUUGAGCACAUUUGCCUUCCUCUUCGAUGAUGUGGGUGUCCCACAGGACUAUAGGCACAUGGAAGGCUUUGGUGUUCACACCUUCACUCUAAUCAACAAGGCUGGGAAGGCAAAUUAUGUGAAGUUCCACUGGAAACCCACGUGUGGAGUCAAGUGUUUGUUGGAGGAUGAAGCCAUAAGAGUAGGAGGAACUAACCACAGUCAUGCUACUCAGGAUCUCUAUGACUCGAUCAAGGCUGGAAACUAUCCUGAGUGGAAGCUUUUCAUCCAGACGAUGGAUCCUGAACAUGAAGACAAGUUUGACUUUGAUCCACUUGAUGUUACCAAGACUUGGCCUGAGGAUAUCUUGCCCUUGCAGCCAGUGGGCCGGUUGGUAUUAAACAAGAAUAUAGAUAAUUUCUUUGCUGAGAAUGAGAUGCUUGCCUUCAACCCAGCUCUUGUUGUACCUGGUAUAUAUUACACAAAUGAUAAAAUGCUCCAAGGUAGAAUCUUUGCCUAUUCUGAUACUCAGAGGCACCGCCUUGGACCGAACUAUCUGCAGCUUCCAGUAAAUGCACCCAAGUGUGCUUUUCACAACAAUCACCAUGACGGUUCCAUGAAUUUCAUGCACAGGGAUGAGGAGGUCGACUACUUCCCUUCAAGGUUUGAUCCUGUUCGUCAUGCGGAGACAUUCCCUAUUCCUUCUACUAUUUGCCAUGGCAAGCGUGAGAAGGUCGUCAUUGAGAAGGAGAACAAUUUCAAGCAGCCUGGUGAGAGAUACCGUUCAUUUGCACCGGACAGGCAAGAGCGUUUCAUCAACAGAUGGGUUGAGACCUUGUCUGAUCCAAGGGUCACCUAUGAGAUCCGCAGUAUCUGGAUUUCAUAUUGGUCUCAGGCUGACAGGUCUCUGGGUCAGAAGCUUGCUUCUCGUCUUAAUGUCAAGCCUAAGUAUUGAAGGCGAAACCUUGAGAAGAAGCUGCAGCAAGCAAGGGUGUUCAUCAGUCAAAAUAUGACGUUAGUUUCUUUGUACUAUAAAAUAAUGUGCGAGUCAAGAAAUCUGAAGGUCCUCUAUAAUAAGUGUAAUAUUUUGACUGAUGUCUAAGUAUGACGUGUUGUAAAAUAAUGUACGAGCCAGACAAAUCCUACGGUUGAAGGCGCUGUACAAUAUGUGUAAUGGCAUGCAAUUUUAUUUGUCACGACA